GAUAAUAAAAUCCAAGAUGGAGGAAUCAGAAGUUCACACAGACAUUUGUCGUGUCUGUCGCUGUGAGAGCACGCCAGACAAACCUUUGUAUCAUCCAUGUGUGUGUACAGGAAGUAUCCGAUAUAUACAUCAAGACUGCUUGGUGCAGUGGCUUAAAUAUAGUAGGAAAGAAUAUUGUGAAUUAUGUAAACACAGAUUUGCAUUCACUCCAAUUUAUUCCCCUGAUAUGCCAAAGAGACUGCCUGUUAAGGACAUAUUUGGAGGAUUAUUGUCCAGUAUAGGGCGAGCCGUGAGGUACUGGUUUCAUUACACACUUGUGGCAUUCGCCUGGCUUGGAGUUGUUCCUCUCACUGCCUGUCGUAUUUAUCGAUGUCUGUUCACGGGCUCCGUCAGUUCAUUACUUACCUUACCGUUAGACAUGUUAUCAACGGAGAAUUUAGCAUCGGAUUGCUUCCAUGGCUGUUUUGUGGUGACAUGUACCCUGUGUGCAUUCAUCAGCUUGGUUUGGCUUAGAGAACAGAUUUUACACGGCGGUGGACCAGAUUGGCUGGAACAAGACAAUCAACGAAGAAAUAACAUUAGGAAUCCACUAGAUGGGGCUGUUGUAAAUAACCUUGUUGGGUUAGGAGGGGGCAGAGGAAGAGCACCUGCCGGCAAUCAGAAUGAGGCUAACAAUGUGGGAGAUGUGGGACAGGCGGCAGCCAAUGAGGAGGAACAAGAGGAAGACGGUGUGGAGGGAGUGGAUGGCGCAAACAACGGAAAUAAUGGGGCCCAAGAUGAUAAUAACUGGAAUCCCAUUGAGUGGGAUCGGGCUGCUGAGGAGUUGACCUGGGAGAGGCUGCUGGGAUUGGAUGGAUCCCUCGUCUUCCUGGAACACGUUUUCUGGGUGGUGUCUCUGAAUACUUUAUUUAUAUUGGUGUUUGCAUUCUGUCCCUACCACAUUGGACACUUUACGAUGGUCGGUAUGAAGAUGGAUGACAUGGUGGAGUCAACCCAUUUUGAAGGUCUCCUGACAACUAUGAUAGGUUACAUAGUCAUCUCGGCAUCACUAAUUGUCCUGUACAUGAUGUGUUCUAUAGCCAAACUUAGAAAUUUGUCAGCAGAACACAGAUUGAUGGAACUUGUCCAUUCUCCAUUACACAGAUUCCGCAGGGUACUUGGUCUCUGUUACGUGGUUGUCAAGGUGAUGUUGCUAGUUGUCAUAGAAGUUGGUGUGUUUCCCGUCAUUUGCGGCUGGUGGCUUGAUGUCUGCUCCUUGUCUAUGUUCGAUGCUACGCUGAAGGACAGGAAGACCAGUUUCCAUGCAGCUCCAGGGACCUCCAUGUUUAUCCACUGGUUGGUGGGGAUGGUGUAUGUGUUCUACUUUGCCUCCUUCAUCCUCCUCCUCAGGGAGGUCCUCAGACCAGGCGUCCUCUGGUUCCUCAGAAACCUUAAUGACCCAGAAUUCAACCCAAUACAGGAGAUGAUACACCUACCUGUGUACAGACACGCCCGGAGGUUUUUAGCAUCAGUCGUGAUCUUUGGAAGCACUGUAUUACUGAUGCUGUGGCUGCCAGCCCGAGUCAUCAGGAAAGUCUUCUCAUCAUUUCUACCUUACCAUGUCAUGCUGUCCAGCGAUGCCCCGGUCAGUGAACUCUCCCUAGAACUCCUGCUGUUACAAGUUGUACUGCCAGCAUUGUUAGAACAGGGACACACAAGGAUGUGGCUAAAGGGAAUGAUUCGUGGCUGGACAGUGGGCGUGGCAUACCUCCUGGGUCUUCGGUCGUACCUGCUGGGAGACGCGCCACUACAGGAUGGGGACCAUGUUGUUGAGGGGGAUCCAGCUGUACAACCCCAACCAGCUGCAGCCAAUAACCCUGCCCCACCCCCUGCUGGUGGGGGGCUGAGAGCAGCCCAUGUUGCUAUGUUACAAGGAGGGGGACCAACCGGGUUCCAGUCCUACAAGAGGCCACAAAUCUUCCCAUUCAGAAUUGUGCUGCUUGUCCUUUGUCUGUGUUUCACUCUCUUCUCUAUGAGUCUAGUCUCUUUAGUUUUACCCGUAUUUGUGGGGCGGAAGCUGAUGUCCCUGUGGAUGGGAGAAGCCAAGGUCCAUGAACUUUACACUGCGGCUUGUGGUCUGUAUGUCUGCUGGGUCGUCCUCCGGAUCGGAACUGUUUUGUACAACUGGAUCCCACAGGGUACCUCAGUCAUCCUCAACAAGGUCAAGGAGUGGGUGUUCCUGGCUUCCAAAUGCAUUCUGGUGGCUCUCCUGUUGAUUGGAGUGGUGCCAUUAUUACUUGGUUUGUUGUUCGAGUUGGUGGUGGUAGCACCACUUCGUGUACCACUAGACCAAUCACCCAUAUUUUUCCCAUGGCAGGACUGGGCACUUGGUGUACUACAUGCCAAAAUCGUGACUGCUGUUACCAUGAUGGGGCCCCAAUGGUGGCUUAAAAGGGUCAUAGAGCAGGUGUACAAUGAUGGCAUUCGGAACAUAAAUCUUCGUUUUAUCCUGACAAAGUUAUGUGCUCCUGUCAUUGGAGUGCUUGGAAUGUCUCUCUCACUGCCGUACGUAGUGGCGAGGAGCAUAGUCCCAUUCCUAGGUUUCCCGUUCGAGGUGGAGAACUUGGUUUUAAGAAGAAUCUACCCAUUCCUUCUUGCCUGCAUUAUUUGUGUAUUAAUUCUAAUAUUCCAAAUUCGCCAGUUUAAAAGACUUUAUGAGCACAUCAAAAAUGACAAGUAUUUAGUUGGUCAGAGACUAGUCAAUUAUGAACCACACAAAGCUGCCAACGUUGUCCCCCAGAUGCCAUCUUCUUAAAUCUCCACAGCUGUUUUAGAAUAAAUAUAAAAAUUACAGGAAGAAAGGGAAACAUGAAGGGUGUUAAAUUGAUGGACAGUAAUCAUUGCUGAAAAAGUCAGUUUACAUUGUGUGUUCAAGUCACCAGGAUGAUAAAUCACAAGCCAAUCAUGAGGACUUUUAGUGAUUCAAAACUCUUCUAUCAAGGAUAGAACCUGUGUUGGUAGUUAAUACACUAAAGUGCUGCACAUUUUUUUUUUUAGAUGAUUUACUUUGAAGUUCUGCAUAUUGUAUAAUUUUUUUGAACUUAUCGGUAAUUUCAGACGUUUUUUAGCGUGCCUGUUACACAUAGUUUUUGAUGUAACAGUGACCAGUCCACUAUUUAUGAUACGAUAUUUCCUGUAAUUGUAGAGACUUGGCACUUUUCUUAUUAGCGAGAGUAAUCAGUGUGGAAUGGAUGAAGAGUAUGUUGUAAAACUUGUUUCAAUGAAUGGGACCUGUGAUGAAUUCACAAGUACCUUGCUAUACCUGUAUAUAAUGAGAGAAGUUUCAUUACUGUGAUUAUAAGAUGAGUGAUAAAUAUGUGUGUUUGUGUGUACAUACAUAUGUCAUCAGUUUUUGUGAUGAUGUCAUAUUUUUUUGUGUGCUGUUCAUUUUGUCAGUAUGUGUGAAAGCUGUAAAUACAUCUGUCCUUACAUUAUGUUUGGAUGGGCGAGUGUACAUAACUAUAUCUCAUAAUGGCUACUACCGAGUUGUUGCCAAUUUGCCACAUUUUGUUGCCUUUGUUUGUAAUGUUAGGCUAAUCAGGAUGGGAAUUGCACCCCAUGUUGAACACCCGGAGGUCAUGUGAUGUACUGAAAUACAACCCCAGUAAAUCUCCCACUCUUUGCCAUCAAACCCACGCAGUACAUGACCGAUAUACAGUCAAACUUCAAUAUCUCAAACUCAAUGGUGCUGAAAAAACUUCAAGAUAUCAGACGAUUUGAGAUAUUAAGGUUAAAAUACAUAAAGAAAACGUAGUUUGGACGUCCAACUCACUUUGACAUGUCCAUUGUAUCCGAGAUACCAAUGUCGGAGAUACCAAAGUUCAACUGUAGUUUCAUCCCUUUCGUUUUGUGUGGAAGUUCAUGCAGGGAAUGGAUUGUUUCUUAAAGGUCCACAAUUUCCUAAGUAACACAACAGUGUACACUUUGAAUGAUACACCCCCCCUCCCCCCGGCUUCAGCUUUGUGUUGUGGUUGUGGUAGCCAAUCAGAAUGCGUCAUUUUUACUUGUCAAUGAAAAAGGAUAAAUAUGCAUCAUAAACAUACCUUUACACGAACAUAGUAAUAUAUAUACUAGCAGUGAAAACUUCUAACUGCUUAAUGAGUAUAUAUGGACCAAAAAUUGUUCCCAUAUGAACAGCUUUAUGGAUAGACUAUUGUAAUUAUUGCAUAAUUUUUCAAAGUGUUGAGUUUAUGAGAGCUGAGAUCUUGUCAUUGACAAGUUUUCUAUUUGCCUGUUUAUAAGUACAAAAUCAGUUAAAAUGAACUGAUCCAGGAUUUUUAUUUUAAUAGGACAAAACUGUGAGUAAUGCGUAAGAAUCAAGACACAUUUUUCUGUAUAAAAUUCACUUGUUUAAAGUGCAGUUUAUAGAAGGAAACAGACAGUAUAUUUUAUGUACAUUUAUUUAGUUAGAAAAUACACUGUACAUGUAUUUAAAUAUUAUGUAUGUGUAUUCCACAAAUGAUUAUUUUGAAAUUUGUGGAGAAUUAGACAUUCCAUUGGUGAAUUGUAUACAUCAGCUUAAGCAGAGUGAGAGUGAAGUGCAAGGAUGGAGAGACAGUAGAUUUUGUAAUCCUAUGAUGUCUAAUCACUAAGUUGCUACAUCACAACCCCCCCCCCCCCCCCCCCCCCUACCAUUCAUCUAUUUUGUUUGAAAGUUAUUGUGCCAAAUAUUGUAUGUGUUUCAUUUUUCCCCAGGGUUUAGUUAUCCCAGCUUCUCUCAGACAAUUGUGAAAGGACUCUCAUAUUUAGUGUAUAUACCCCUGUUUACAUGUAAUUGUGUAACAUGAUUUAAACCUAAUGGAAUGGACAUUUAAAACUUUUCUAAUAUCAAACUUUCUAGUGUUCCCCUUAGCUGGUUUGAAACACCUGGUUUCUACAAGGAACAAGUGGAGAGUUUUCUGUUUAUUAAUUUAAUGAUGAAUAAAAAUUAUAAACUUACACCCAA